GACAGCUUUUCUGCUAGUGUUUUGUUUUCGGCUGCUGGAAAUUUUUAACGCUUGUUUAUGAUGUAAUUUUUGUUAUUCUUGAGUCCAUGUUUCAUAGUAUUUUUCUCCAUGGCUAAAUGUAGUGUUUUACAUCAUGUGUACAUUUUGACGUUUCGCGUCACUGGUCUUUAUGAAUCAAUAUUUAAAGAUUAUUUUGUGGUUGUGAAAUGUAAACUUUGAUCUGUUUCGUGUGCUGUCAAGAGCAUAAACGUGUUCGUAUACGUAAGCAAUGAAGAGGGAUAUUUUGAGUAGUAGUAUCAAGCAUGCCUCAUUUAAUAUCGUGUUUCAAAUUUUUUUUCGUUGCAUUACGUUUUUAAUGAACGCAUUUGUGAUACGGUACAUAAAUCAAGAUGUAAUCGGUGUUACUAACGUGCGUUUGUUAUUACUUGAAUCCACAAUUCUUUUUAUAAGUAGAGAAGCAUUUCGCAGAGCCUGCCUAAGUAAAUCACUACAGCAUAAUUGGCAACAAGUCACCAAUCUCAUAUGGAUUACUGUGCCACUAAGCAUUUUUCUGAGUAUAGUGCUUGGGUACUUAUGGCUUUACGUACUUAAACAACCUAGUCAAGAAAUCACACAGCAUUAUUCAGUUGGAGUGUACGCCAUCUGCGCAAGUUGCGUUAUUGAAAUGUUCUGUGAACCACUGUACCUCACGGCCCAGGUUUUCUUAUUUUUGAGGCUUAAAAUAAUUUUGGACACAAUACAUGUUGUAGUAAGGACAGUUACAUUUACUUUACUUGUGAUUUAUAUACGCAAUGGAGCUGUAAUUGCUUUCUCUGUUGCACAGGUUUUGUCUGUGCUUGUGUAUACUACUGGUUAUUAUGUAUAUUUUUGGCGUUACUUGAAGAGGCAUGCUACUGUUAGAAAGAAAGGCCAUGGUCGCCAUGGAGAUUCUACCCGUGAAAAGACUGAAGAAGCUGGAAAGGAAAAAGAAAGUUUCCCUAUUCGGUCCAUGGCUGACUUCUUUCCCAGGAAAUGUGAGAAUAAUGCAUUCAUCAGUUACCAUAUGACUGUUUUGACGUGGAGUUUUUUUAAACAAGGAAUAAUGAAGCAGAUUUUAACAGAGGGUGAGAGAUAUAUCAUGACACUUUUCUCAGUUUUGUCAUUUUAUGAGCAAGGUGUUUAUGAUAUAGUCAAUAAUCUGGGUUCACUGGCAGCUCGUUUUAUUUUUCGCCCAAUUGAAGAAGCAGCAUAUUUUUAUUUCUCACAAACUGUAGAAAGAGAAGUGCCUAUGAAAGACCAAAAGAAAGAAGAUGUAGAUGAAUCUGCAAUGGUUCUGAAACAGUUGUUGAGUGGUUUAAUGUCAUUAGGACUUGUUGUUGUAAUAUUUGGCCAAUCAUAUUCAAAGUUGCUUCUGCUGCUGUAUGGAGGUGAGAAACUUACAAUGUACCCAGGUCCAUUAUUAAUGCAAACACAUUGUGUAUCAAUACUGUUGCUUGCCAUUAAUGGUAUCACCGAAUGUUAUGCAAUGGCAACAAUGACAGCAAUACAGAUUGACCGAUACAAUUAUUUUAUGAUUCUUUUGUCAUUUGCAUUUCUACUCAUUUCGUGGGGCUUAACUAAGUUGCUGGGUGGAGUUGGUUUCGUUCUUGCCAAUUGCUGUAACAUGACAGCACGAAUUGUGCAUAAUAGUACAUUCAUCCAUAGACGUUUCAGUGGAACCUCAUACAGUCCACUGAAGGGCCUAAUGCCUGGUCUUCAUUUUUCUGCAGCCCUGGUGGCUGCAGGUAUGUUGGUAAAAUUCUCAGAGGUUUACCUGUUUGACUCUUCUAAAUUUAUACAUUUUAUGAUUGGCGUUAUUAGCUUUCUGUUUAUUCUUUCAGUUUGGGCAUAUGAAUCACGUGUUUUAGUUGUAUCUGCUCUGAACAAACUGAAACAUUUAAUGAAGAAAAAGAAACGUUAAAGCAGAUUAACAUUAAAAUUGUUGAAUACUGUGAAGUGUAUGUACAUUUUAUAAAAAGGUGCCAAUGUAAUGUUAAAUUGUAUCUCCAAGUUAUAAAGUGGUGCAUUUGUAAGCUUCUGUGUCAAAUCUGCAUUCUGAGAGUGGCAUUGAUUAUUGCAAGGCAUGUUUUAUAUACAUUUUAAAUAUUGAAUGUUGCUCUUAAAUCUUAUUUGGUAUAAUGAUUGCUCUUUAUUUUUAAUGUACUGACUGUCAGUUGGUGGAAAAAAAAAAAGCUUUCCUUUGCUCAUUAGACUUUAAGGCUCUCUCAUUUUGUAUUUGGCGAUGUGACUGCAGUGUUUAUUCAGACUUGACGAAUAACUUUUUGUGCAUACAAUAGUACCAAAUAGGAAGGUAGACUACUGAUCACAAAUUAUGUGCAGUUCGUGGCUCUGUCUUACGUGGUGUGCUACAGUAAGUGUUUCCAGUCUGAAUGUAUCUAUUAGCACAAAGAAAUUUGUCACUGUGAAUGCCACUAAUGUAAUGUCUUCCUCAUUUUACCUUUGCCAUUCACAUUCAUUUCUAUAACCAUUCACCCAUAAUACUGAGAGAUUAGUGUGAGCUCUUUAAUUUGCCAUUAAAAAAAUAAAAUUCUUUUUAGCAUACCUAAGAUAAUCUAGUUUGGCUUUUUGAAUAUAGAAAUCUACAUCUAUACUCUGCAAGUCACUGCAGUGUGUGACACAAGGUACUUUUGUUUCCCAUUAUCAUUUUUUCCUCUUCCUUGCCUUCUGUUAAUGAUGUGAGAGAAGACAGAUCUUUGAUAGAUAUCCAUAUUGGAUUCUGCAGUCAUGCUCGUUUUAUGAGAUAUGUGGAAGAGCAAGAAGUAUGUCAUUUUUUCAGAAGAUUGUGCUAGCAACCAGACAUACCUUUAUCAGUUUGUGAACUAACAGUUUCAUCAUGAUUUGCAGAUCUGGGGUAGGUUUACUACAAUGCAUUGCUGAAUACUAAUGUGAGCGAAGGUCCUUCUGCGACCAAAUGUAGGUGACAUGUUGAUUCCAAAGAGGAAAAUGGAGUUGAUUUUAAGAUUGUGACUAUACUUUUAUGGUGUACUUUAUUUUAUACUGUAUUUUUGAACCAGUUGUCACAUUUGGCAAGGUGUAUUAUGAUAUACAGUAUUAGAAGUAAAAGCUGUCAUUUUUGUGAAUAUUGUGUGCUGAAAUAAGAUUAUUGCUUGUACUAUUAGUGAUUCAGUUGUGGCCAUGUACCACCUGUAUUACAUCUUGUAUCACUUAAGCUUAUGAAUGUGAGGAGACAGAAUGUACAACUGACUGUAUUGUGUUUAAAGAGUUACAUUCACUUGCUAAUUUUCAACUCCUUGAACAUUCCAUUUUACAGACAACUGAUGACAUGUAGCUUCACAGCAUGUAUGUAUAAUUCAUAUGUAAGUGUUCAUUGGUUUUCAUGUGUAAUGUGCAUUUUAAGAUAAUAUUAAUGCAUUUUUGAAUGUGGCUGUUACUUAGUGACCAUGCGCUACAAAUUAUUAAACAGCCAACCUAUUGCACAUAAAUGGUACCUUGAGCUAGGUAUCGACACCUACUAGAGGUGUCUUCAUCAGAAUGAGAUGUUUUUAAAUUGUUAAAUUACAUUGUUAAAAAGCAGUAGUCAGAAUCUGGAACAGCUAUUCUCAAGUCAAAAGUAAAAUAAAACGUUCUAGCCUUUGUCACAUGUGCCCAGCUGGGAGCAACAUCAACAUUGAGUCUGAUGUUCCCAGCUGUGCACAUGUGACAAAGGCUAGAACGUUUUAUUUUACUUUUGACUUUGAGAGUAGCUGUUGCAGAUUCUGAAUAUUGCAUUUUGGUAAUGCUAUUUUAUGAUUUAGCAACAUUUCAUUCUAAUGAAGACAAUCCUUGUAGGUGCUGAAACCUAGGCCAAUGUAGUUAUCAUUUAUGUGCAAUUGGUUGGCUGUUUAAUCAUAUGUUGAAAUAAUAUCAAUGGUUUACAAGGAAUCUUUCAGACAAUUUGAAGUUUGGUGUUUUUGCAUGAACAUUAUUAUUUGUGUAUGUUGUAUGUUGACGUAUGAAAUAACAAGGAAGUUGUAAACUGGUGAAAAACAAAAACCAAUGAUUUUGGAUUUUUUGAAAGAUAAAUGACUUACAGUUCUUUGUUGUAAGCACUAGAUGUCAAAUUCUUUUUACGUUGCUUUCUAAAUUAUUUUGCUUGAUUAUUGGUUGUAACAUAAGACAAUCCAGAAUAUGGAGACACAUUUAUUGAAAAUAUUGUAAAUAAUCAUGUUAUAUCAAUGUUCUAUUGUAUAUUAAUUGGACUGAGAAUGAAAUAGGGUUUUGUGAUUUAUUUCCCAGUCUUCACAUUCUGUACAAAAUACAUGGUUGAAGUAUUGGAGAAUAUGUAAAUGAAAAAGAUAUUAAAAAGCCAUUAGACCUAGAUAAUUGGUCCUUUGUGAAUAAAUUUAAGAUUUAUUAUAUCUAUAUUUAUAACUAAGUUAAUGUGGAUAAGGUAGACAUGCACAUUACAUUAAAAUGACAAAAAAAUGUCAAGGAAAGGUACAUAGACACCAGUUUCAGCAAACUGGAAGUACCCUUUUACAUAUUGAUAGCUUCCUUGUGUUACAUUUAUGAUGGUCUCUAGCCUGAAAGUAACAGUGUAUCAUACAUAGUAUUAAAGUGCAGUAUAAUUAUCUAUA